CCUCAAGAAGGCAUGGAGAGAAAAUUUAUACUUUCAUAUUCAGUUCAUGAUAAUUACCAAAGUUUGUUCUGAUACUUGGAGUCGCUGUCCCCCACUCACCCUCGCCUUCAUCCGUCACAGCAACCAUACAGGACGUUUAAUCAGUGCCUGGUUUGAGGUUGGGGAAGGUUGACAGCUCCAGGGACCGGGCCUUGGCGUGUGCCAUGUUUGACCAGAUUAUGAUUGGCCAGUGAGCGGCUAAAAGUGGGACCAGUUACCAAGCGGGAGCACUCAAUGUUGCUGCGGCUCCCAUCAACAGUCAAGACACCUGUGUGGAAACACCACAGAUCCUCGAAGUUGCAGACCGCACCACGCAGCUCAAAUAUCACGACUAUCAGUUCAAUAAUGGAGAACGGCGCUGCCACGCAUGGUGAAGGCAAGGAUCCUUCGGGAUUCCUUAGCGAGAUCAUCGGGAACCCUGUUACCGUCAAGCUUAACUCGGGUGUUGUCUACAAGGGGGAGCUUCAGUCGGUGGACGGAUAUAUGAACAUUGCGCUGGAAAAGGCCGAAGAGUAUGUCAACGGCGUGAAGCGGCGGAGUUACGGUGACGCAUUCGUCCGAGGCAACAACGUCAUGUACAUCUCUGCCGAAUGAUCGAGGGCACCACAGUGCUCACGCAUGAGCCUGAAUUUGGCCUUGAGCAUAUGGCAGGUAUUGGAGCCUCGAGCUGACUUCUUUUGUCAUCUCAGUUCACAGCGACGGCAUGGGCUCGGCACGACAUCACGAAGUCAGGAUAUACCACCCAAUGGCGUCGGCAAACUCCUGGGAUCUUGCGGGACGGGUAUCUAGAAACCCGGUCUCGGUGGGCUUCACCCGUGGACAUCAGUCAUGGCAAGCAAACACAAAUACAUCUAGUUUCACAUGCAGGAUGGCACGGAAAAGGUUUGAAAACGAGUGCCUCUUUAUUGUUGAUUGGUUGAUCGAUCAAUAUGCGACUCCAAUGCAGCAUAGACCGCCAUACAACCCAAUACUCGCUGAUUCUAGAAUCCUCUCCCUAACUG